CUGUCUUUGUCUCAUUCAGUCAGUCAGAGUUGGAAACAUGUCACGGAGGAAACAGCUGAAACCACAGCAGGUCCACACUGAUGAUUUAUCUCUGCGCAGACACACCGACGAUGUGUCUCUCAGUGCGGACUCUCCUCCUGCAGUGGAUCUCUGUGUUCAUGUCUGCAGCCGAUGCUGUGCUGAGUUUACUGCGCUGUCAGAUCUGCAACAACAUCAAACUGACUGCUCUCCAAAUCCACCAGUUCUGAUCGUGAAUGAGGACGAGGAUCUGCAAUCCAUCUGGUCACCAGCCAGCCCAUCACAGGACAGAUCCAACAGAAGCACAGAUUUCAUGGAUUGUUUUAGCAGAAGUAGACAUACAGAAAGUCCCUCAAGCUGCAGCAGUAACCAGAGUGUCAGUGGCACUGAAUGUAAAACUGAUGAUGACCUUUGUACCUCGGAUUUCCCAGAAUCCUUACCUCAGCAGGGCUGCUCAGCCGACCCAGCAGGAUACUCGUGGAUGAAGAGCAACGUCGUUAUUGAAAACCUGGAGAGCACUAAAGUGGCUGUGGCUCAGUUUUCACAGCUGAUGCACUCGGACAGCUGCCGCAGUCAGACCAACAUCUCGUCUCUGCUGCAGCAGCUCCUCGCCCUGCAGAUACAACAGAUCCACCAGCUGCAGCUCAUUGAUCAAAUCCGUCACCAUGUUCUGUUGUUUGCUUCUCACCAGGCUGAAACACCAGAGACCCUGAUGAUCUGCACCAAGGAGCUGCCGUCUUCAAAAUCCACCAGUCAGCUCAAGGCUCUCGGCACUCAUCUGUCUCAGCAGCUAGCUGCAGCUGCAGGGUUAGCCAAAAGCUUAUCAACUCAAUCUGCUAACAUCAGUGGCUACAAACAGUUCACAGUCACAGAACAGCUAAAUCAAAGUCAACCUGACAGCAAAGAUGUGAUGUCAGAGUCCUCAGAGAGUUUUAAUGAGCUCAUGACGACAGCAGCUCAUGAGCGCAUUUCUAAAACACAACACAUGGACUCCCAGCUUAGUUUCUUGUCCCAAACCAAGAUGUCCUCUUUGAUGUUUAGUAAUAAUUGCUUCAUCAGUAAGACUUCUGAGAACUCUCACGCACCUCACCCUUCAUCCCGCAGUGAGCAUACAGAGUCUAUACCAAACAUCAGUGCGAUCGUGGAGGAUCUGGACGCCCUGGCAGCUUUGGCCCAGCAGAGCAAAUGCAAGAAUCUGAAGCGUUCUGCAGCCACGCCUUCAAAAGAGUUUCUCUUCAAACACAGAUGCAGAUUUUGCAGCAAAGGUUUUGGGAGCGACAGUGCCUUGCAAAUUCAUCUGCGAUCCCACACUGGAGAGCGGCCGUACAAAUGCAACGUCUGUGGAAACAGAUUCUCCACCCGGGGGAACCUAAAGGUUCAUUUUCAGAGGCACAAAGAGAGGUACCCACACAUCCAGAUGAACCCUUAUUUUGCUCCAGGGCACCUGGACAAAAUCCAAGCCAAUGCUGGGAUUUAUUUUGGUAUGUUACCAGAGAAAGCAGCUUUAAGAUGGCUUGAUAGGUCACCUUCCAAAACUACAAUGACCUCUGGUUCUCUGGAGCAGCCGCACUCAACCAACCUGUCCUCUCUCAUCAAGAAAGAGGAGAACCUUAUCUCUGUACCCCUUCCACUUACUCAAGGGGAUCUUUACUUUGAUUCAGCUGCAAGCAUGGACUUCAGGUCAAAAACAAAAUCUACAACGAUGCCAGCCUCAGUGGAGACCAGGCAACAAAGAACAAUGAGUCUUCAAAGUGAAGAUGUAAAACCAUCUUUUAACUUUGUCUCUAAAAUGAUGACCACAAAGUCAGAGGAGUCGGUCGCUGUCAAACUCAAUCCAUUCAUCCAUCCCAGUUCCACCUCAUUUUCAGGAUUCCUUUCACUAAAACACUCAACACCAAACAUCAAACUCCAGCUGCCAUCUGACACCACUGACCAAAAAGUGUCAGACCCAAACGAGUGUGUCAUCUGCCACCGCAUCCUCAGCUGUCAGAGCGCUCUGAGGAUGCACUAUCGGACACAUACAGGGGAGCGUCCUUACCGGUGUAAACUUUGCGGCCGAGCUUUCACAACCAAAGGAAACCUGAAGACGCACCAGGCUGUUCACCGUGCUACCGCCCCACUGAGGGCCCAGCACUCGUGCCCCAUCUGCCAAAGGAAGUUCAUGAAUGCUGUUGUCUUGCAGCAACAUGUGCACAUGCACAUGGAAGGUCUCUUACCCAGUGCAGACCGUACAAAUCAGAAAUACUCAGUGGAUUGCAACGAAGGAUUCAGGGACAAAACAAAAUUGAAUCACAGGAAGAACAUCUCAGAAGAUAAUAAUGGGGACUUUUGUGACAACCAACUGUCUAGAUUCAAAUCCUUAUCCCUCUGUUUGGCCCCAACGUUUGGUAAAAAUCUAACUGAUGCUAACAAGAGGCCACAUGGGGAGCUGCAGCUCAAAUGGAUCAAAACAGAGAGACCAGAACGAUCCAAUGACACAAAUAACCAACAUGCUGCUGAAGCCAGUCAGUGGAUUGGUACAUUUCCCUUGUCCAACAUUUCAGCUUCCAAGCAGUCACUCCAGACGUGGCUCGACUCAGCCACUUUAACUCUCCAUGCAUCUGCUGCAGCGCCCACCGACCUUACCUUACUUAACCAUGCCGAAGAUUCUCCAAACUUUAUUCACAGUCUCAGAGAAAAGGGAGUCCUGAAGAACACGUAUUGUGAUAUAUGUGGGAAGACUUUUGCCUGUCAAAGUGCCUUGGAUAUCCACUACAGAAGCCACACUAAGGAGAGACCGUUUAUCUGCACAACAUGCAACAGGGGCUUUUCCACUAAAGGGAAUCUCAAGCAGCACAUGCUCACACAUCAAAUGAGGGACUUCCCAUCACAUCUCUUCGAACCUUCCAAUCCAAACCAAGCACCCAACCAUAACAGCUCCAUGUUAUCCAUCGGCUCACCAGCUGAGAAGACAGAGACUGCUGCUGUCCUGAACUCCUCCUUUAGGAAUGGCGAGGAUCUUCCUGGUCAUUCCCAGAGCUGUUCUGUUUUGGAGUCUUCUGUAUGUGCUGUAGCACCACCUCGCCGGACACCCAAACAGCACCACUGCAAGACUUGUGGGAAGAGCUUCUCCUCCUCUAGUGCUCUGCAGAUCCAUGAGAGGACUCACACUGGGGAGAGGCCAUUUGCCUGUGCUGUCUGUGGACGAGCUUUUACUACCAAAGGAAAUCUAAAGGUUCAUAUGGGCACUCACAUGUGGAACAGCACCCCCAGCAGGAGAGGACGGAGACUGUCUGUGGACAGAUCAUCAUUGGGAUUCGGGAAUCGUCCUGUUAAACUUCCUGAGCCGCCACAGAAGAAUCCUUCCAUGGUUUCCAACAGCAGAGACUCAGUUUACCACUGUAACCAAAGUCCAGAGCUUUUCUCUGCAGGUUUAAAGACGAAUGAUGUUCGUGUGAUUCAGAGUGGACGUCCGUGUUUCUCCUCAGGACACCUGAAGGACUGAAGCAGACACAUGAAGAAAACACAAGUGUAAACUUCAGCAUAUGGACCGCUAUGAGCCUCCUGCUGUUAGAGGGACGAAUAACUGUUGAAAAGUAGUCCAGUCACCAGUAGAAAAUGUUGGCGUUGUACAUUUCUGUAAACUACUAAUACGUUACAUCUGUACGUUUCAUAUGUAUCAUGUCAAGGUUUCUAAAGUUUGUAGUGUAUGAGCUGACUUUGUCAUCAGGAGGUGGAGGGGAUGGUCUAGGAUGUGAAACCUGGGAGACACAAACAAACAACAAAACCAAUAGUUUUUUACCAAGACUUUACUUUAAGCCCAAACAUGAUCUUUUCCUAACCAUCACCAAGUGGUUUUGUGCCCAAACAUUACCACACAUUAACCACAGCGUUGUUGAAACCUUAAGUUUCGACGUAUCCUCUAUAUACUACCAUACAACAUAGCAUACGAGGUAUCCCUGGUUUGCAGAAAUAUACAAUGCCAACAUUUAUUCUGUGAUUGGGUUGUGAAAAGACACCAAAAGACAGAUAAAUAAUUUAUGGACAUUAACACUGUGCAUGUUUUUGUGCUGGGUUUCUAAAUAUGUAUAUAAAUGUUAAUAUAUAUCGAAUGCAAUGAGCACAUUUUUUUCUAUUUAUUGGUUUUAUACAGUUUUGCUGUGUGAGUUUACAGCUGGGUAAGAAGUACAAUGUCAUCAUGUGCAAUAGAUUUUUAAAGCUGCUGGUGUGGGUGAAUGUCAUUCUACAGGUUAUCUGUGUGUGAGAUUUCUGCUUCAGUCAGAUUCUGCCGGUCAGUAUUGGGUUUCUGUGAUUCUCUGAUUUCAUCACUUAUAAUUACUGAUCUGUUAACAGGCCAUUGUUUCUCAUUCAUAGUGAAAGCCCUUUGAAGGGAGCUUAUCAGCAGGGAAGCUGAAACCAAAGGACAUGUGACUUCACAUAUCAGGAGGCGAGCCCAGGCCACUUGGGUGAAAACCAGAAACAUAGCAAAACGUUAAUUUAAACAGUGGUGUGCUGAACACUCUCUUGUGUUAUGCAGACACAAGACACACACAGACACGAGGCUUUAUUGGCAUGAGAAAUAUAUGUUUACAUUACCAAAGCAAGUGUGAAAUAAAAGCGAAA